CUACCAUUCCCUCUCUCUCUCUUACUCUCUCUUAUCUUUCGGUGCUCUGCCCCUAGGGUUUUUGGUUAUCUCUCUCGCUCUUGCUCUCCUCUCUACUCUCUCCUCUCACUCACUCUCCCGUCCUCCCCAAAUCUAGGGUUUCGUUUUUGUUAGGGUUCACUCGGACCCAGCCCUUGUUUGGAGGAGGAGGAGGAGAAGGUGCAGUUUAGAGGAUGGCCAACAAGAAUGGUGGAUCUGGGGAGAACGCCGCCCCUUUCAAUAUGGCCGAGCUCGGCACCGCCGUUCUGAGUGAGGAGGAUCGUGCCGAGCUUGUCGACGUUAUAAAGAACAAGCUGCAGAACCUUGCGGGGCAGUCAGAGUUUCUCGAAUCACUGUCGCCGGUGGUCCGCAAGCGCGUCACAUCUCUGCAGGAAAUUCAGUCCCAACAUGAUGAGCUGGAAGCAAAAUUUUUUGAAGAAAGAGCAGCACUUGAAGCUAAAUACCAGAAGCUUUAUGAGCCUCUUUACUCAAAGCGGUAUGAAAUAGUAAAUGGCGUUGUUGAAGCUGAAAGUGUAAAGAGUGAACCUGCAGAAGAAAAUGCUGCAGACGACAAAGCAGCAGAAGUGAAAGGAGUUCCAGAUUUUUGGCUUACAGCAAUGAAAAAUAACGAAGUCCUUGCUGAAGAGAUUUCUGAGCGUGAUGAAGGGGCUCUUAAGUAUCUCAAAGACAUUAAAUGGGCUAGGAUUGAUAAUCCAAAGGGUUUCAAGCUGGAAUUCUUCUUUGAAACUAAUCCCUACUUUAAGAAUUCUGUCCUUACAAAAACUUAUCAUAUGAUCGAUGAGGACGAACCUAUAUUGGAGAGAGCAAUAGGCACUGAGAUCGAAUGGUAUCCUGGGAAGAUCCUCACACAGAAGGUUUUGAAGAAAAAACCAAAGAAGGGAUCAAAGAAUGCCAAGCCCAUAACCAAAACUGAAGACUGUGAAAGCUUCUUUAACUUUUUUAACCCACCUCAGGUCCCUGAUGAUGACGAGGACAUGGAUGAAGAUACUGCUGAGCAGCUGCAGAAUUUAAUGGAGCAGGACUAUGAUAUUGGGUCUACUGUUCGAGAUAAAAUCAUUCCUCAUGCUGUAUCAUGGUUUACGGGGGAGGCUGUCCAAGCUGAGGACUUUGAAGAUAUUGAAGGUGAUGAAGAUGAUGAAGAUGAAGGAGAUGAAGAUGAGGAUGAAGAAGAUGAAGAAGAUGAGGAUGAGGAUGAGGACGAGGAUGAGGAGGAGGAAAACAAGAGCAAAAAGAAGCCUGCCAGUGGCCGGAAGAAGAGUGGUGCCCAACCUAGUGCUGCUCAACAGGGAGAACGCCCGCCAGAAUGUAAGCAGCAAUAGCAUUGUGUAGCUGUCAAUUAUGUGUGGGGAUUAGUGUUUCUGAGGUGAGAUGUUGGAGUGAGGUUAGCCCGUGUCUUUUAUUUUGUAAAAACCUCAUGUGUAGGGGUUUUGAGUUUUGGAAUGAUAUUAUUUUUCUUGUUUCCGCCUUUCAGACAGCCACCUAGGGUGGCAUAUAGUAAUCAGUAGAGAAGAUCAGAUUGAAUUCAUCAUGUUCAUCCAUCCAUGUGUGUUCCUAUUGAGAAAGCAGUGUUCUUGCAUUGUCAGUGUAUGAACCUUUUGAACUGUGUUUUGUCAAUGGUUAGUACGGUGAUAAUUUAUUAUAAUAUUUGGCUUGGCUUUGCUGGA